UGAGACUAACUGUCUAACUAUACAGCAAUAAUACAACAAUAGGCCUUUCCUUGAUACGACUGAGAUAACCACAUAGUUUGAAGAUGGUUUAUGAASUGUUASAGUUGAUGAGUCAAUCUGUUCGGACAGAGUCAAUAAGCAUGCUUCUAUGCAGGAGAGAUACGACAAAUUAACUGUACGCAUGUAACCGCGUCGUUUUUUAGGGCAUUUGAGGGCAAAUUGGUCAAGAUGGCUGACAACGAACAUCAAACAGAUUUAUCAGAUGAAGAAUACAACAAGAUAUACACCACAAAAAGCAAAAACUAUUCWACAUGYCAAGAUUUAUUCAAAGAUUUCGAUUGUCCUGGCCUCACGAAUGUAACACGAACAUGUACUACAAAAAAUGCUCUACCUGCCUGUAUUGCACCUGAGGGACGAUACAACCUUUGGAAAUAUGCUUCUUUGUCAUCUAUGACAUUCGAUAUCGAACCACCAARUGUCAUCAUUACCACGAAAAAGAACGUUAGAAAAACUCUUGAAUUUGAAAUCAAUGAAAAUUAUGGAAAGACUCAAGCCAAGAUCGACGAUUACCACGUCAUUCUCACCAAUACCAAUACAAGCAUCAUUCACUUCAAUAAAACUGUUAAUACCAAAUCACUGGUCUUCACCAACCUGACGGCAUUGAAUAGAUAYAAGCUUGAAGUAACUUCAAGGAGUUGUUUUGGUGAAAAUACAUCGACUUUGUAUGAAAUUAAUGCAGAUUAUAUUAAACUAUUUUGGGAGAAAACAAGUGUUACUGUUGUAGAAAGUGAACAAUUUGCGACGUUGGUUGUAAAUUCAAGUACUGGAAAUACUGUAGAAACUGUGAACUGCAACGUUGAAUUGAGUUCGGUCACUGCAGUAGCUGGGAGAGACUACAACAAUGCGACUAUCCCAGUCACUAUAUUGAAAGGCGGUGCAAAUACCCAAGUCAAAGUUCCAUUAGUUGAUCAAUUCCUGCAUACCGAUGGCAAAAGAACUUUUACAGCCAAGUUAUCYUGUCCCAAUCUCACAGCUGAGACAGGUGAAGUCACAAACAAGGUCGUUACUGUCACUGUUAUCAACGAUGAUGUGGUGAUUGGAUGGAAUUUUACAAAGAUGGUGAUUAAAGAAAAUUCUGGAUGUACUGAUCUUCGCAUCGUCAAGAGUGGAAACUACAUAGACGAGGGAACAAAGCAUGCUAUCACGUAA